CCCACCCGUUUGAGGCCUCCGCGUUCACGCCGCGGAGGCGCCUACCGCUGCCCGUGGCUCGCGUGCCUCUUCGCAGACGCCCGCGCCCGCGGCCUUCCACACCGAGACCAGCAGGCCGGAGGCUGAGCCGCCAAACCUUGACACUCCAAAACCCUGACCCGCGGAACUCUGAGGUGCCAAGCCCUGACAUCGCCCAACUCUGAGGCGCGAAGCCCGGACAUUCCAAAGCACUGACCUGCCAAACUCUGAGGCUCCCAACCCUGACAUCGCCCAAACCGGAGCCGCCAAACCUUGACACUUUGAAGAUAUCUAUGAAGAAGGCAACACGCUACUUCAUCGACUUGUACCGGUUACGCCUACGAAGGAAAGUUCGGACGACAAUUAUAGAGAUAUCGCCGAAGCUGAUCUCCCUGAUGCCGCGAAGGUCAAUGACAUCAUAACGAAGCAUCUAUUAUGGUUCCCGCUUCGAUUCAUCUCACUCAACCUCUUGACAUCACCUUUUUCCCCUGUAUAAAAAUGACCCUAAAAUAAUAAUACAGAGGGAAAGCCAAUAAAGGGGUCGAGAAGUUGGGCAGACUGAGAUGAAUAAAAGCCGACGCUAAAAAGUCCAUCAUUGAAAUUGUGCAGGGACGCUGGUGGCUACACAAGAAAUGGCCAACUACUACUUUCGAGACAAGCUCUCCUCAUUCUGUUCUUUUGUUGAACCGACGACUUUUUUUCCUAAUUAGCUCAGGAGCAACCAAUCUAUCAUAUGGACACCGACACCCAUAGCAGCAGCUUUAUAAGUAAAUUCGUAAGACAAAAAGGAUGGCGCCAUUUCUUCUUAUCGCCGGUCCCGGUGCCUGACGGUUUCAUAAUCAAAGAGACCGCAGACAAUUAUGAAGACGCGCGAAUUUGUGUUUCAUCUCUGAUGCGACAUGAAAUGAGUAUUUCUUUAUGUUGUUGAAGUUGAUGUCGCCUUACCAGAUUACACCGUCACCUCCGUCGCCCUCGGUUUUCACCCGAAAGGCAUGACAUUUUCCCAUUCACACUUCAAACGCUGACGAUGAAAUUAUCCCAGCAUAUUUAUCCGUGAUGAAAUUGUUCGAGAUGCAG